ACAUUGUUGUUAACUAUGACAUCGUUUUAUGACAAUUAUGACUAUUAUAAAAAAAUGCUGGAAUUGCAAGAAAAGUUACGAAAAAGCGAAGAAGAGAGGAUAAGAUUAGAAGAGAGAUUUAAAAUACUUAUACAGGAAUCCCGUAAUAGGCAUGACGCAUGUAUAAAUCGGUUACGUUUAAGAUACAUCGAGUUUUUAGAGGAACAACGUACAAGAGACGAAAGGAAUCAUAAACUUCUCGAAGCAUUGGAUAGAGUAGAUAAUAGUCUUGCGUUGAUGACUGCAAAAACAGAUAGGCUCAAUGUUCUUAAAAAACAAUAUGAAGCUUAUCUUCGUCGCAUUUAUACAGUUCCUAGUCCAUCAGGAAGUAUUAUCGAUGACGGCAAUGUUAUGAGUCAAAGCGAAGAUAGAUAUCCGAAGAGAGAUGUCACUGGAGAACAAAUUCACUUUUCUUCCGAAGUAGGAAAUACUGUUCCAUUUCACAUGUUGCGAUCGAACGGUCCGAAAAAUCGACUAUAUUUCCCCUCUACAGUAAAAUUAACUAAAUCGGCACGAAAUAUACAUUACAAUUAUUGCCAACGGAAUAUUGUACAACCAAGAGCUUUAAAUCAACAAGUAAACGGUCAGAAUAUUUUACCAUCAUAUCCGUUAAUUUCACAUAACGGUGAUUCGAUUGAGCAGCUACCAGAUCAAAAUUUAGUAUCAACAAGUUUUCAACGAAGGCAAUAUGUUCAAAUUGGUGGAAAUUUGCACAUUCCAUAUGUAUCAUCAGGUCGGUCGGGGUCGUUAAGUCAACAAACUGUUCCGCAUUUCGAUUUGAACGAAACCCUGCCAGAACGAACGGAGACGGCUCAAAAUAUGUCACAUUUUGUGAUUCCGGAACGUGCAGACAGUAGUACGUCGCAAUAUAAAUUCUUGGAUGUAUCUCAAAAUCGAUUUGCUUUUAUGACUCCACGUUAUUUUCAUUUAUCAUCAGCUGUGCAACCUCAUCGGCAAGAGAACCAUAAAACGUUGAUAAAUGAUAUGCAAACGAGGACAAAAAGUGGACAAGAAUUCGGUGAAAUAUCUCCGAUGAAAUAUCUUUAUAAAAACAAUCCAAUAAAAUCUUCAAAUUUUUUAAAACACAUUUCUCCAAAUUGCUUUGAUUAUUCGUGGAGAAAGUUUGAUCAUUUUAAAUCAAAGAAAAAAUCCGUUAGUGAUACUUGUGUGCGGUCUUUAGCAACUUCCGAUGUCAAUAAUAUGAUAAAAAGGUAUAAACGUUUCAUCCCAAAAACAUCAAUUAGCCUUUCGAUGGAUCCGAGUCAAGCCAUUGCAAAAGAAGAUGAAUGUAGAACAGCAAUGAUUGUAGAGAACGAAUUAGAUAGGUAUAUCGAUAAAAUACGGAAACUUCAAUGUGACCUUGACGCACAAAGUUUGGAGGAAAUUGAUAAGGAGAAAAAUAUGAAUGUUAAUACGCUUAACGAUACUUUGUCAGAUAAUGAGAAUUUUCGGAUUCCUAUUGAGGGUAAAUCAAAAGAAAAUCUUCCUAAAGAGGUUGAAAAGGUUUUAGCACUAGCGGAUGAUCUUGUGUCGAGGACAGUGGAUUUAAACGUUAUCAACAGUACUAAAGAAGGACUCACGAAUGAAGAUAGAAAUUAUGCUGAAGUAGUUGAAACCGCACAAAGUGAUAUUCCGAUUCCAGAAAGAAGCUACACUGCGUUUUCAAUUACGCGCAACAGACCUGAAACAUUGGCUAUGCUUGCAAAAGACGAAAUUAGCAAUGAUAUUAAGUUACAUGUGCCGAAAUUAGAUUCACAUCGAUAUAUCGGAAAGACUGGGAAAGAGAAUUUUAAUAGCCAACGGCAAUUGCCUGAAACAGAAAAAGAUGAGCAGCAAGUUGUUUUCGCCGUUUCAUUAGACGAUAAGAUUACGGAACAAGAUACUAAAAUAUCUAAAGAAAUACAAAAAGAAGAGUAUAAUGAAAAUGAUAAUAUUUGUAUUGCAGCAGAAUCAAACCUUGAUCAAUAUUUGUUUAAUACUGUCGAAGAAUUAGAACCAUGGAACCUAGAUCUUUUACAGAAACGAAUAAAAGAAAUAGGUUUAACUUGCGAAACUGAAAAUCAAUUUAACGAUGAAAAAGGAUUUGUUGUUGAUACUCUUAAAUUGAAUCAGGACGAUGUGAAACAAACUGAACCUUUAAAUAAAAUAAAGACUUUGGAAAGUCGGAACGAUAGGAAAGAUACCAGUGAAGAUACGCAUUUGAAUGGCUCGAAAGAUGAAUCGAAACAAAAUAUCGAAUAUCUUGAAUCAAAUAAAGUGUUUACGAAUAAAAAUGAAAUGGAAGUAAAUGAGGCUUCUGCUUUGCAGAAAGUAGAAUAUAAAAAUGAAAGUUGUACAGAUACUGAAAGUGUUACUCAGAAUAUAGAGUCAGCGAAGGUUCAGGUUGAUGAACAAAAUGAAUUUAAUAACGAGCAAGGACAAGAAUGUGAAAAAAUUGAUUUUGUACUUGAUGCAAAUGAAAAUAAUGAACAGGAAAUGACAAUACCAAGCGAUGAAUAUAAUAAUCAAGAUUAUUACGAAAAUUUUAAUCAAAUAGAAAACUAUGUCCAAAAUUAUGAAACAGAAUGUGCUGAUUUAAACGAAAAGUACAGUUACGACCAAAAUGCGUCCUAUGAAGAUAAUGAAAACAAUGAUUAUAAUAAAAAUGUGUCGUAUGAAGCUAAUCAAGAACAAAAUUACGAUUCAAAUACAUCGUACGAAAUUAAUCAAGAUGAAAAUUGCAAUUCAAACGUGUUGCGUGAUGAUAUUCGACAAGAUGAAAAUUAUAAUUCAAACGAAUCGCAUGAAACUAAUCAAGAGCAUAAUUAUGAAGGAACUGUUGUUUAUGAAAAUAAUCAAAAUCAAGAAUACCAAGAGUACGUUAAUCAAGAAUACGUACAGAGAUUGGACGAGCAAUACGAAGAAUACGUAGGUGAACAAUAUGAUUCUGAAAAUCAGUACGAAUAUGAUCCUAACGUUCAAUACCAGAAAAAUAUGAAUGAACAAUAUGACCAACAAUACGAUUCUCGUGGAGUAAGCGACACCAAUGUAAAUCAAUCUUUGGCAUAUUCUGAUUACGAUCCUAAUCAGGUCAUAGAAGAAGAAGAAGACAAACAGAAUCAAGAAUACGAAGAAUUACAAAAGGAGUCAAAAAGUCAAGCCGCAGAAGAGAAAGUUGUUGACCUAGUACAAGAUAAAAAUGAAAGAUCAUCUUUUGAAAAUGGGAUGCAGAAAAAGAAGGAUGCAAAUAAAUCCUUAUUGGACUCUGACACAGAUAGUACGAUCGAAAGAAACAUCUCAAACACGGAAAGUGAUUUUGAUUUCAAUUAAAAUGCAACAAAUCCAGAGUAGACUUGUAUAAAAUAUGUAUUUGAGAUUUUAUUCAAAUUGUUUUUUCUUUCUUUCCCUUUAACGCGUUCAUUUAUGUAAUAUACGUUUAGCUUAUA